AUGGAUGCUGUCAAAGCUGGCGUUGAAAAAAUGAAAGAAGCUACUGAACAAAAAAAAGCUGAUUCUGAACUAAAAAAAAUGAAUGAUCCAAAUAUUAAACCAAGUGAACGAAUGGAUGCAGAAUUCGAAGCAAAUAAAGCAGCUACUAAAGCUUCUCAACAUCAUUCUAAUGCUGAACAAUUCAAAAAUAAACAUGUUCAUACUUAA